AUGAUCUCUAAAAGCGGCAAGCUCUCUGCCCAUGGGGGCGCAUUCACGCGGCUGAGGUGCUGUUGUUUGAUGCGAAAGGAUGGUGGCCAUCACGGCGCGACGCUCACUUGGGGUCAUCAAGCUGGUGGGGUUGAUGGCGUGUGGGGUGUGUUGGUAUAUCCCUUGUUUGUGAACAUCUCUCUCUCUCUCUCUCUCUCUCUCUCUCUCUCUCUGGCUGCGCAGGUGCUCAUUGAGGCUGGCAUUGACGUCAAUCGUGAUCGCACGUUCCGAACUGGAAAAACACCGCUGGACUAUGCACGAGAUCGAGGCGAUGAGGCGCUCACGGCGCUUUUGAAUGCUCGGCGCCAAGCCGACGACGACACUGACAAUGGCGCUUCUGCUGCCCCUCCAGCAGCGGGGCUUCCAUUCAUGGUUCGUUGCUAUGAUGAGCGCGCUCGGACCUUGCGCCACACCUUGGAUGCUCAAAUAGCCCAGCGCCAGCGACAGGAGAAGGCAUUGGCAGAUCUGCAGGCGGCCGUGGAUCAGCGACUGGAGCAAAACAUUGCCCAACUUCGAGCUACUGCACAGCAAGAAAAGCAUGAGCUCGAAAUUGUUCACAACAUGGAUCUCAAUGUUGUGCGUGACCAAGCUCGAGCGACAGAGCGCGCCCUUCGCGUGGCUGAACAGCAGCUUGACAAUUGGCGUGCAACCCUGUUGAUGGGAGACCCUGAGCUUUUGGAUGUCUCUGAUGUGGCCACAAUUUGUUCACGCCUUGGGCUUCAAAACGCAAGCACAGCUCUCACUCAACACAACCUAGACGGUCCAGCACUCUUUGCUAGCAGCGAGCGAGAUCUCGUGGCAGCCCUCAACUUGACGCGCCUCGGCGAUGCGCGCCGCCUGUCGCUGUUUCGCGGAAGCUUCAAGCAACGACAGCUGUCAUCGCGCCUCAUCAAUCUGGAUAGUCUGUAUGAACGGGGCGCCGGAUCGAGUGCUCAGGUCAACAGCAAGGUGACACACGCCGUGGAUGGUAGUUCAGACGAUACAUCCGACAGUAGUGAGGCCGUGGCUGCUCGCCUGAAUCGCCAGCUCAUCUCCAACGUUCAAGAAUGGACUGUCGAAGAGGUGUUGCGUUUCUUGCGGCUCCAUGAAGAAGCGCCCGAGCCGUGCCUCGAAGCCGUUCAGGCGCAUGACAUUGAUGGCGCUGUCCUGUGCUCCCUGACCCGGGAAGACAUGUCCACUUGGCUGCCCACAUUGCCGGGGCCGUUGCAAACGGUGCUGCUGGAUGUGGGGGGGCGCUUGCGUCUUGCAGCCGAAGGUACACAAAAUCACGAUGCAGAACAGCUUGCUGCCCUAGUAGAGCAGCUGCAAACCCUCUGUGUGCAGUACUCCCAACGCUACGAAACCUUGACCAACCCACCCGAUGCAUACGUGUGUCCAAUCACGCGCAAUAUCAUGGAAGAUCCCGUUGUGGCAGAGGAUGGCAACACGUAUGAGGGUGAAGCAAUCCGAGCGUGGCUAGCACGCCAUUUGACCAGCCCCCUCACCCGUGCGCCCAUGGGACCUAAUACCAUUCAGAAUCAGACGCUGAAGCGUGCUAUUAGCGCCUGGCGUGCUGCCUGCAUUGCCUCGGCACUGAGUGCCUCCUCCUGA